UGGAAAAAUGGCCAGGUGGUUGGUGGUCGGGAUUGGAGGCGCAACUUGCAGUGGCAAGACCACGCUGUCUAAAAAACUAAAUGAAGUUUUAAAAAACAGCCGGUUGAUUAAUCAAGACUCGUAUUUUUUUCCUGAAGACGAUCCGAGGCACACUCACAUUCCAGAAUUAAACCAUCACAAUUGGGACAUUCUUACGAGUUUAGAUAUGAGUCGGAUGUAUGGAGAUGUAAUGAAAGUUGUGUCUGGUACCAAUGGAGCUUCUAAAUCAAACGAACCUGAUAGUAAAUCAUCAGCUAGUCGUUGUAAUAAAAACGAAAAAAAAAAUUUAGAUACCCGCGUUCUUAUCAUCGACGGGUUCUUAAUAUUUAACUAUAAACCUAUCGCUGACUUGUGUAAUCUUAAGUAUUUCUUAACAAUAACGAAACAACUGUGUUGGGAGAGACGUCGGCAUCGUGUCUACAAUCCGCCUGAUGUUCCAGGAUACUUUGAUAAAGUAAUCUGGCCUGAAUACGAAAAACACCUAAAGGAAAUAGAGAAAGACAACAAGUUGUUUAGUGAAAUAAAUUUCAUUGACGGGACAACGAGUAAGGAAGAGAUUCUCCAGCGAGUUCUUGAUGACAUUAAAAAAAUAAUGUGAUUGUUUAUUUAAAAUAAAAUUUAAUAAGUAUA